AAAACAAACAAAAAAAAAGAAUUUACGUCAUUUAUUGAAAAAUUCUCUUCAAUAAGAGAAUAAAAAGUGUUAGAAGGAAGAAAAAUUGAUGAUGAUUGAAUUGAAUUGAAUUGAAUUUUCAAUUAAAUUCAUCAUUUAGUUAUAUUAUAAUUAUUGUAUAUUUUCAACGGAAAUAGAUGUGUCAAAUGAACCAAUAAUUAAGCAUUUUGUGUUUGUUGCUUGGGUCUGUUAAUGUGUGUGUGUGUGUGUGUGUGUGUGUGCAACAACCAACGUCAUAGGAAAGGCCAAAGAAAACAAAAAAUUUGUAUAUUUAAAGAAAUUGUUGUCCUGUUGAAUCACCUGUUGUGUUGUUGUUGUUGUUUUUGUUUAUUCAUUCACAUCAAUUGUUCGACGAAUAAAAAAUGAUUAAUCUAAUCGAUGUAAAUUAUUGGUUCAUAUCGGUGCCGAUUGUGUUCUUAUUCGGUACGCCAAUAUUAUAUGUUUCAAUACUUUAUAUUGCCACUUUGAUAUUACAUUCAUAUCGAAUCCGAUAUCGAUUACCGAUAUUCGAUAAACAACAAAUCAUAAAUUUUGAUCAACAUUGGAAAUAUUGGAAUGAUCCGGUUACAGUGGUUGCUAAAUUUCUAACAAUCAUCGGACGCAUAUGGCAUGAUCAUGAAAUAAUCAACAUGAAUCAUAUACCCGAUGAUGGCGGCGCAAUCAUCGUAUUCUAUCAUUCAACAUUGCCAAAUGAUUUUCAUUAUUUGAUGGCAAAAAUUUUUCUGGACAAACAUCGUCCAAUGUAUACGAUUACUGAUCAUACAUUAUAUUAUGUACCUGGAUGGUCGUUGUUAUUAAAAGUUCUUCAAUUAAUACCUGGUACACGUAAUGAUUGUAUACAAUUAUUGAAACAAAAACAUUUAUUGGCACUUUCACCGGGCGGUUUACGUGAAGCCAUGUUUGGUGACCACAAUUAUCAACUUGUAUGGGCUGGCCGUCAAGGUUUUGCACAUGUUGCACGUGAAGCACAAGUACCAAUCAUACCGGUAUUCACACAGAAUUCACGUGAAGCAUUUCGUCCAUUACCAUUACCAUUUAGGAAUUUUUUUCGUAAAAUUUAUGAUCGUUUUAAAAUACCAAUGUUUAUACCAUACGGUGGUUUACCAGUCAAAUUGACGACAAUUAUUGGCCAACCAAUUCAUUUCCCACCGGAAAUGUCUGCAUCAGAAAUUGCUGAUUUGACAGCAAAAAAAAUGGAACAAUUAAUCGAUCGUUAUCAAACACGACCAGGUUCUAUACGCAAAGCGUUGUGGCAACGUUUUUGUUCACUGAAAUAAAUGAAUAAAUAUCCACCACCAAAAUCAAAAUCA